AUGGCCAGAUUCCCCUAUUUGUUCGGAAAAUACUUGCGUCUAAACGGCCGAUCGCAAUGUCGAGGAUUUAAGAAGAACAACAUACUCCAUCCCAUCCCCGUUAAGGCGUACGGAAGGCCGCCCUCAGCAUCGUCGCAAACCGGCCUGUAUCAUGACGAGGACUACAACUACUACACAAAAGUAUCAUAUUCGCUGAAUAAAACGAGGAUUAAGCUCAAGCCGUUCGUGUUUAAAAAGGAUUUCGAGUCUAAAAUGUUAAACACAACAGUGCCAAACGUGAGAACAACGACAAGCGCAAGUUACCGUGAUUCAACAGCGAUUCACGCCAUCACGAGUGCGGGAGGGUUCGACAACUACAUUCUGAACACGUCGCCGGAGCACCUGAGGUCGCACAUGGGAGAGCAGAUGCGGAACGUAAUGUACUUCUACAAGCAGAACCCAAGCUUCUUCUCCAUAGGUGCGCCUUGGAAGGUGUUCUACUCCGAAUUCCAACGAAAGGAUCCCAUGUACUCGCUCUACAAACACAUGGUUGGGAAGCAAACGUCAGAGGAACGCAGGAAAAUGGAAAUGAAGAGGUAUUCGCCGUUCUAUAUGCCUCCAGUCCAAAAUCUGUUCCCCGAAAGACAGCAGUUUGUCAACGAUGAUCCAAAUGUGAAACUGAACAUAUGGUGGAAAAACGAUCCACAAUCGUUCAGAAAUAGGCUGGGCGCGGGAAGAAUGUUCGAAAGAAGUGGCGUUGACAUAAACUACGCGGACGCCUACCGCAAGGGUGAAGGUAGGGGAGGGGGCGGUCCCAGCGGCAAGAGCGUGAGGAGGCGCUCGAAGACGUACAGAUACAACGUAACGCGCCCCUAUUAA